AUGUCUGGCGGCAAUACAAUGAGGGCUCUCCAGCUCUCCAAAACCGGAGACACUCAGACGCCUAACCUCUCCCUCCAGACCCUCCCAAAGCCCGCUAUCACGCCGGGCCACCUCCUAGUCAAGGUCCAUGCAUCAGCAAUCCAACCCAGCGAUCUGAUAAACGCAAAAGGAGGCUUCCCAAGCACCACUUAUCCGCGUAUCCCAGGCCGUGACUUCUCUGGCGUCAUCGUCGACGGAGCUGCAAAUCGCAUAGGCCAAGAAGUCUAUGGGACCAGCGGCAACGCGCAGGGCUUUACUGUGGAUGGCGCUCAGGCCGAGUAUAUACUCGUCCCUGAAGAUGCCGUGGCUACCAAACCGAGGGCUCUGUCUUUUGUCCAGGCGGCUACCGUUGGGGUCCCCUUCACCACCGCCGCGACUGUCCUCAAGCGAUCGGGUGCACAGCAAGAUGAUGUCGUCUUAAUCUUGGGAGCAAACGGGGCUGUUGGCUCAGCCGCUGUACAGCUGGCGAAAUGCAAAGGUUGCAGAGUUCUCGAAGGAUCUAGACAUGACAAUGCCGAUGUCAAUACGGCCAAAGACCCUGACCUCAAAACCGUGGACUCAUUGACGGCUGGUAAGGGCGUUAACGUUGUGAUUGACACGGUCGGUCAACCAGCACUGACCCAGGCUGCGAUCGGCAAGCUUGCAAAGGGCGGCACAUUGGUGUUCAUUUCUGGGCCCAGAACUGGAGCCAGGGAUCUGACCUUCGAUAUGGUCGACUUUUAUCGGCUUUCAAAGACCAUUAUCGGAGUUAAUACCUUGACCCAACCUGCGAGAGAAUUCGCGAAGGAAUUGCAGUAUAUGAGUGAGAUGUUUGAUAGCAAGCUCUUGACUGUUAGUGGAAAUGGAGGCGAAAAAUGGGCUGAGAUGAAGCUGGAUGAUGGGGUCGAAGCAUAUGAGAAGGCUGGUCAGCGGGGUGCUGGUAAGUUUGUUAUUGUGAUGGAGUAG